UGAUCACAAUCAAGGCAAAAGUCCGACCGCGGAGGGAGCGCUCUUAAAUCACGUGGGGGUGUGGAUUUGUACAGGGAAAAAGUAAAAGUGUCGUCGGAGUGACUUCUGGUUGUACUUUGUUCUCCUCCUCUCUUUGCCUUUCCACCCCCCUCCGCCCUGCAUUCCGCGGAGCAGCUGUGUUUUAAUGCCCCUGCGCACCCGAGGAGGAGAGGAAGGAGAGAAGAGUGAGGAAGAAGAGGCAGAAGAAGAAGAAGAAGAAGUAAGAAGGCCUGGACACCACCCCUCCUCGCCCUUUGGAGGUCUGUCCACUCUCCCCUCCUGGCCCUGCAUGGACGGGGAUGGGGAGAGCCGGAUGCUGUUGCCGCGGGGCUGAGCGCCUCGCCUCCCCGUCUCUGGUGCGCCGCUUCCGGCCAGUGCUGCUGCUGAUCAUCGCUCUCUGCUGCGGUGCCCACAUAGGUCAGUGUCAAGUGGCCACCCCUCAGUGUCGUAUCCAGAAGUGCACCACCGACUUCGUCUCCCUGACCUCCCACCUGACGCCGGCUGUGGAUGGCUUUCACACUGAAUUUUGCAAAGCUUUACGUGCGUACUCGGCCUGCACCCAGAGGACAGCCAAGUCCUGCCGGGGGAACCUGGUCUUCCACUCGGCCGUGCUGGGCAUCUCAGACCUCAUGAGCCAGAGGAAUUGCUCCAGAGACGGGCCCACUUCCUCCACGCACCCCGAGGUCCACCCCGAGCCGUGCAGCUACCACAGUCGCACCCAGCACGCCCACACACACUCCCACGUGCAUGCACACACACACGCCCAUGCUCACGGCCAUGGCCACAGCCACUCUCAGCCUGGGUACCUAUUCUGCGGGCUGUUUGGGGACCCACACCUGAGGACAUUUAAGGACAGCUUCCAGACUUGUAAGGUGGAGGGGGCGUGGCCUCUCAUCGAUAAUGACUAUCUGUCGGUGCAGGUCACUAAUGUUCCCGUGGUACCUGGCUCGAGUGCCACGGCAACCAAUAAGAUCACCAUCAUCUUCAAGCCCUAUGAGGGUUGCACAGACCAGAGGGUCUACCAGGCCGUCACAGACAACCUCCCUGCUGCUUUUGAUGAUGGCACCGUGAGCAGUGGAGACCCCAUCCACACUUUUGCUGGUGCAGACGGGGCAGCCGGGAAGGUCCGGGCUCUGUGGAUCUCUGAGCGCACCCCGGGGCACCACGUGGAGCUGCAUGCUGGCUACAUUGGUGUGACUGUAAUUGUUCGCCAGCUGGGCCGCUACCUGACCCUGGCAGUGCGGAUCCCAGAGGAGCUGGCUCAGGCCUACGAUGCCACCCAGGACCUGCAGCUCUGUCUGAACGGCUGCCCCAGCGGAGAGCGCAUCGACCAGGCAGGGCAUCUUCCCCUGCCCCUCUCCCCUCCUGCGCUUGGCCUUCAGCUUCAGCAGCUACGUCGGCCCAGCUACGCCUCACAGACACAAGCGUACCCCUACGGUACCCCGCAGGUUUUCGGUGUGGACGGGGCAAAGGAACGCUGCAGGGAGAAGCUGGAGGAGCCAGACAUUUACUUCCACUCCUGCGUGUUUGAUCUCUUGACCACCGGGGAUGCUAAUUUCACAGUGGCGGCUUACAGUGCCCAGAAGGACAUGGAGAGUCUCCACCCACACCGGGAUAGAUGGAGGAUUUAUCCCCGUGGCUCCGCCACCUCCACCUUAAACUCUGAUUGUCAACCAAUCAAAAGGCUCACUCUGCUCCUGCUGUGUGCUUUGAGUGUGGCAUUGAUGUAUUAGCAGGAGUUGGAGUCUUUAUGUAUGCCUGCUUGUGAGUGGGCUCGUGUAUGUGUGUGCACUAGAAAGAGAGUUUUUUGCCGAGCACUGAUACUGAGCACUGAUUCCUCUCUCAUGCAGAGAGGAAACAGCAGGCUGGACAGUUACUGGGAACUAGAUGUUUUUGUAGAAGAGGUGGCAGAUCUCCCAGUGGGCACAGGGGAUACUGGUGACACUAACUGCAUCUUACGUGGCAGAAUCUGCCCUCUGGAGGUAAAAAAACACAGGAGCUGUGAUGACGGCUUACGCUGUCUGUCUUCAUCUUUGGACACACACAAUUGACAUAAACAUUCCUGUGUGGGUGAAUUGAGUAUGUGGAUAUACACUCCAGACUGUAAAUAGUUCAUUUUGUCUUCAGUGCACAGUGUAAUGGCGUAGACUUUGAUGUGAUUUUUCUUUGAUAACUCAGACAGAGGAUGUUUGUUUUAACAGAAGCACUUUAUUUUAUUUUAUUUUUUUAACAAAUCCACAUCAGUGUUUCUUCUUCCCAUUUACUCUCCUCCACCAAAACCUCCAGUUGCUCAAGUUUUGGAGACUAUAAUUUCGUUUUUGAUCCUUUCAAAGUAAAAGUCAGUUACAUUACAAGGAGCUGCCAUUUUUGUUAAAAUGCAUCAUUCUUCCAGUAGCUGAUUUGACUCAGCGCCUCAUUUAAAGUCAGUCAAUGUGAGUUUUUCUGUUGAAUGUAUUAUGAAUAUUGUCACAGCAAAUGCCAUCAGUACUAUUUUCUUGCUGUAUGAAUUUGUUGUUUUUUCUGAUUUCAAAUAUGUGUGUGCGUGUGUGCGAGCGUGAGUGCAUG